AUGGAAACAUUAGAUGUCUCUGGUUUAGACCUCGUGACCGAAGAAGAAAUUGCAGACCAUGUCUAUGAACUAUACACCCAAUCUGCUCCUCCCAACCAAAGAGGCCUGGGGUAUCUAGAACGAUCCGAUCUUAUACACGUUACAGUCAACGAUCACGAUCUCCAGAUCCACCAGUCCGUGUCAUCUCUUUCUGGAAAAGAGUCCAGCUCCACAGGAUUUGUUGCGUGGUCUUCUAGUGUGCCUUUUGCGCAAUGGCUUCCUGGCUGGUUGGGACCGUCUUUGAAAGAGCUACAGAUUGUCGAGCUGGGUGCUGGUGUUUCUGGCAUUUUAAGUGCCACGAUUGGACCCAAAUGCUCUCGGUAUCUUGCUACGGAUCAGAAGCAUAUCUUAAAGUUGUUGAAAAAAAAUCUCGAGGAGAAUUUAUCCCAAGAAGUACACUCCACUACGCUAGAUGCGUCUCUUCCCAGAAACACCAGACGAACUGAUAUCAAGAACUAUCCCAAAAUUGACAUUGCCGAGUACGAUUGGGAAUAUUCCGACUCUAUGAAAAACGAUAUUCUCGCGUUUUUCCCCGGAGGAGCUCCCGAUCUCAUCCUGGCCUCAGACACCAUUUACAACGAGUAUCUUAUCAAGCCAUUCGCAGAUGCCAUAGAAGGUCUCAGUGGAAACCAUACCGGUUUUUUGGGUAUUCUACAGCUUCGUGACGAGUCAAUAAUAGAGGCUUUCCUGGUUGAAAUGACCAAUCGCGCAUUCCAAUGCUACCAUAUACCCGGUCACCUUGUCUCAGACGAACUCUCCCAUGGCUACGUUCUCUAUUAUAUGCGCAAAGCAGUCGUGCCUUCAUUCUGA